AAAGAGGACAUGGUGAAAGAGGAGGACGUGGUGGAAGAGGAGGAGGAGGUGGUGAAGGAGGUGGAGGUGGAGAACGACGGCGACAAGGAAGGGGAAGAGCAAGGGCACGAAGACAGUCAGUCUCGGAUGAAAUUCGAGCCACUUUAGUUGACCAUGUCCUUGUCCAUGGGAUGACUAUGAGGGAGGCUGGGCAACGAGUACAACCAAAUUUGAGUCGCUUCACUGUUGCCUCCAUCAUCAGAACCUUCAGGGAGGAAAACAGGACACAGAGACGACCACCUGGUGGAGGCAGGUUAAGGCUUUUGUCGGAGGAGCAAGAGAGGGAACUUGUAAACAUGGUAAUUGCAAAUAAUGUAAUCCGCCUGCAAGAGAUUCAAAGGAGAGUGAUUGAGGAUGAUCAUCUUUUUCGAGGCAUAAAUGCCAUCAGCCUCUCCACAAUUGACCGCAUCCUCCGAAAGAAUCAAUUCCGGAUGAAACAGGCAUACCGAGUCCCUUUCGAACGAAACUCUGACAGAGUGAAAAACCAACGUGUGGAAUAUGUUCAGAGAAUCUUUGAGAUUGAAGGACGGCCUGUUCCCCAUGAAAUGAUCUUUGUGGAUGAGGCAGGUUUUAACCUGACCAAAAGAAGGAAAAGGGGGAGGAACAUAAUUGGCCAUCGGGCUAUUGUAAAUGUCCCUGGUCAGCGUGGGGGGAAUGUCACUAUGUGCGCAGCCAUCAGCCAACGAGGGGUACUCCACCGCCAUGCCGUACUAGGACCCUAUAACACUAUGCUUCUCCUUGCUUUUCUUGAUGGUUUAAGACAACAUAUGUUCCAGCUGGACUACAGGGAACCAGCACAGCCAGAGCAGCCUCACUACGUUGUUGUGUGGGAUAACGUCAGCUUCCAUCGCGCUGCUCUGGUUCGUGACUGGUUUACCAAUAACCCAAGGUUUUCUAAUAUCUUUCUGCCUGCAUACUCCCCCUUUCUAAACCCGAUAGAGGAGUUAUUUUCGGCAUGGCGGUGGAAAGUGUAUGACCGAGAACCUUAUGUCCGUGUUCACCUCCUUCAGGCCAUGGAAGAGGCCUGCCUAGACAUAUCAGUAGAUGCAUGCCAGGGGUGGAUCAGGCAUGCAAGAGGAUUUUACCCCCGCUGCCUGGCUGGGGCCAAUAUAGCCUGUGAUGUGGAUGAGAUUCUCUGGCCUGACCCAGACCAAAGACAAGAUGCUGUGGUGGGAUAAUGUUUCUGGUGUGUGUUGUACUGUAUAGUACAUGAAUGACAAUGUGCCACUGUACAUACAUUGGUUGCGUCUUUUGUGUUUAUCAUGUGACAAGGGUUUUGAAGGGGAGAACCAUAAGCAACCUAAUUGUUUUGGAACUAUUGUUUUGAAUUAAUUGUACCAGUGUGCAAAACUCUGUUGUAGUGUGUGUGUUUUUGAGGGCUUGUGUUUGAUGUCUGAGGGCAAAGUUCGGUUUUUCAGCAGGAGUGAAUAGUUUUGGGUGUAGAGCUUCAUUUUGACCUGGAAAUAGGAUGUUUGGGGAAUUGAGUGAGAUGUUAUGGAUUUGUGUUUACUGUUGUGCGGAUAUGAGGCGUAGUUUCAAGAAAUGUGUUUUAGCAAUCGAGAAAAACUGUAAUA